AUGGCUCUCGAUCAUGGAAGGGACCCAUGUCCCUAUGUGAUUUUGAACGAUUUCGGAGGCGCUUUCGCCAUGGGGGCAAUCGGCGGCACAUUAUGGCACGGCAUCAAGGGGUUCCGAAACAGCCCCUACGGCGAGCGAGGCAUCGGGGCCAUGACGGCCGUCAAGAUGCGCGCACCGGUGCUAGGAGGCAACUUUGGCGUCUGGGGCGGCCUCUUCAGCACAUUCGACUGCGCCAUCAAGGGUGUGCGAAGGAAGGAGGACCCGUGGAACGCCAUCGGCGCGGGAUUCAUGACGGGAGGCUCUCUCGCCAUCAGGGGCGGCUUCAAGGCUGCUAGAAACGGCGCCAUCGGUUGCGCCGUGCUGCUUGCCGUCAUUGAGGGCGUGGGCAUUGGGUUUCAGAAGAUGAUGGCGGGCAGCACAAAAUUGGAGGUGGGUUGA